GCCUCCGUCGCCAAAGCAUCUCACACACAGCAGGAGAAACCAACUCAUAGUAGCUUAGCUAAUUAACACGAUGGCCUCCUCUUCUUCCUUGUAUCUCCUAGCUGCUCUGCUUGCGCUGGCCUCAUGGCAGGCCAUUGCUUUUGAUCCUAGCCCACUCCAAGAUUUUUGUGUUGCUGACAUGAAAUCACCUGUGAGGGUAAAUGGAUUCCCUUGCAAGAACCCAAUGGAGGUGAACUCGGACGACUUUUUCAACGCGGCCAAGUUUGACAUGCCUAGGAGUACCAUGAACAAGGUUGGAUCCAACGUCACCAACCUCAACGUUCUAAAUUUCCCGGGGCUCAACACCCUCGGCAUCUCGCUGGCCCGCAUCGACUAUGCGCCUUUAGGUGUGAACCCACCACACAUUCACCCACGUGCUACCGAGCUCCUCACUGUGCUUGAGGGAACACUCUAUGUUGGCUUUGUCACGUCUAACCCAAACAGGCUCUUCUCUAAGGUGGUUCAUAAGGGUGACACAUUUGUGUUUCCUAAGGCAAUGAUCCACUUCCAAAUGAAUUUAGACCACAAUAAACCAGCAGUUGCCCAGUCAUCACUCAACAGUCAAAACCCUGGAGUUAUUACAAUUGCUAGUGCGGUGUUUGGAUCAAAGCCACCAAUCUCUGAUGAUGUUCUGACCAAGGCAUUUCAAGUGGAAAAGAAGGUGAUUGAUUGGCUCAAAUCUCAGUUCUGGGAGAGCAACUACUGAUUAUCUCAUACUGAUUCUCCCUAAUCAAUUGAUGCAAGUAUGAUAUAUAUGAAACCUGUACUUCAUUGUAGUAUGUAGAAUAAAUGGGCUUUUGUCCUAUCAAAAAUGUCAUAAUAUGUUGUACGUGUGCUUUCUUGCUCAUGUUUAAUAAAUGUUAUACAAUGGAAGUGGUGCCCUUUUCUCUUCGUUA